CUUAAUUUUUCAGUAUUUUAUUGACCUUUUAGCGCUAAUCUGGCAGUGUGCGUGACUACACGACCAAGCAGCGCGUGAGGGGAGCAUUUGACCAGUUAUUUUUUGACACGUGUUUAAAAAUAACGGGAAAAACCCGCCUCACCCCCCUCCCCCUUUAUUUUCUCUUCCUUCUUCUUCAUUUUCGAUUCUUGACUCCAUUGUUGCCAAAGCUUGAAGAUUUUCUUUUUUUGUGCCAUGCAUUCUAGUGGUAAGUAAUAUUUUCUCCAAACUCAUUAUUAUUCUCAUCUUUUAUUUAUAGACCAAGAAAUCUUUCACUUAAUUUUUUUUUUCUAGGGUUCUUAAUGAAAGAGUUCAAAUCGGAGUUGAAUAAUCUUUGUAGUCAAAAUGACGAUCCAAAGAUGAAGCGUCAAGUGCGAUGCCAUCACGGAGUAUUAUUGAAAAUGCAGAUUUCUUGGUCUCCCAAUAAUCGCGGAAGAAGAUUUUGGACAUGCCCAUUCUAUGGGGAAAAUGGAAGAGCAAGAAGUGGAAUUGAAGAAGAAAAUGAAAGAGCAAACAGUGGAAUUGAAGAAGAAAAUGGCGGAAGAAGUUGGUUUGACAAAUGAAAUGGAAGAAGGAGAGUCUUCUUGCAUUGAUGGAGAUAUUGGUAAUGACAAUAGUGAAAUGGCCAUCUGUAAUGAGAAUAUUGUUAAUGAAGAAGAGAUGAAAGUGUCAAAGCUUGAAGACGAGAUGAAAGUGAUGAAGCUUGAACAAGAGAAGAGGGGUAGAUGCAUUACUAUUAACAAGUUUUUGUUUUUGUGUUUCUUUGGUGUUGUUCUUUGGUGUUGUUAUUUGGUUUAUUGGGUGUUUUUGAACAAGCAUUACCAAUGUCGAUUGCCAUAGUAGGAUUACAUGUUUGUAUGUUGAAGGAUGUUUAA